UCGUAAUGUAUGAGUUUUUUACGUCAAUUAAAGCCAAUUAGAAGAGGUGUGGAUAGGUUUGUUGGAUAAGUCGUCGCAUGCUGAUCAUGCCACGAUGAGUUCCGUCAUCGAGUUCGAUUCCCGCGUUAGGAGAAACUUUUAUUCGCCAAUUCCGCCAGAUGGCGAAACGAGGUAAACUAAAGUUUUUCACCAUUUUAACGGAUAAACAUCCUCAAAGUGAUGGGGGCCAAGCAUCCAGCUUCGAUCAUUUAUUCGAGUUGCCUGGAAUUGUGCGUGUAAUGAUAGCUAUUCGAGUUUAACUAACAGAAUUGUUGUUACUAACAAUAUACCAAAAGCUGGGUUCAUGUUCUGCGAACAGACAUAAAAUGUAAAUGGACUAGUUAGCUCGUAUAGUGCGUUCGCAUAGUAUGUACUAUUUCACGCAAGAUAAGCAAUGGCUAUUCAUCAUUGUAGGAUUUCGACUCCCGAACUGUGAACAAAGGAACAAACUUGGGACAAACCUUUCUCUACUUCAAACACAUUUUGAAUUUCUGAAGAUUUCACGACUUGUUUCACGAUAUUGUCAUGAACGAAUUUUCUCAAUAGAUUAUCGAAGGACGUAAUUACAUUUUCUAAUUUAAAAAAUAAAAUCAUGAAUUAAAACUACAUUUAAAAUUUUAUUACACAAAGUAAUAAGAAUUUAAGAUGAGAAAAAAAAGAAAAGUCUCAGUUAAGGCGAGAGGUCAGAGAGGACACGAACAAAAUACAAAUAAGGAACUAGAUGGGCGUUUCUCCAGAAAUGGAGGUAAGGUUAAAAAAACUAUCUCGAAAAAAAAACGAGGCUGCAGCAUGAAUCUUCAGUAUUCUUAUCUGUGCUGAGGGAAAUAGUGGCAUUCAACUGAAUCAGGUUCUUGAGAAACGGUCAAACUCAAACUCGACUCUCCUUCUGCGUCCAAGCCAAAGUUUAAAGCGUUGAUUAAAAAAAAUUACUUGAUCUAAAUUGGUGAUCCGUGUGCAUUUAUAAAUUACUGGCUUGACUCCACAGAAAAUCCAACAAGCGCAGAAAUCAUGGCAACGUCCGAUUCUUGGCCGAAACUGUUCACCUGGGUGGAUUAUUUUCUGUUUGCUUUGACUCUCGUCGUGUCUUCGCUAGUCGGAAUCUAUCACGCUUGGCGUGGCGCCAGCGGUUCGACCUCCGACUACCUGAUGGGUGGAAGAAAGAUGCCCAUCUUCCCCGUAGCCAUGUCUCUUGCCGCUAGCUCAAUUUCAGCGACGACAUUGUUAGGUGCCCCGACAGAAGUUUACCUAAACGGAACAAUGUACAUUUGGUUAACCGUUUCUGCCGUCCUUUCCAUAGCCGCAGCGACUCAAUUAUAUUUGCCUAUUUUCCAUCGUUUGAAAAUUGUUUCAGCAAAUCAGUAUCUCGAGAUACGAUUCAACCCUGUCAUCAGACGGCUUGCGUCUAUGCUGUUCGUGGUAAAGCAGUUAUUGUAUCUAUCGAUUGUUGCCGUCGGACCUUCUUGGGCGCUGAGACAAGUUACAGGAAUCAAUACCUUGAUUUCAGUCGGAAUUUUAUUCGCCGUCUGCACAUUCUACACAGCACUCGGUGGAAUCAAAGCUGUUGUUUGGACCGAUACCAUACAGUUCUUAAUGAUGUAUGGGUCCAUUAUAAUUUUGAUCGUCAAGGGGGUGAUAGACGUUGGCGGCCCGAGAACUGUGUGGGACCGCAAUUUUAACUCGUCUCGCAUUGAACUUUUGAACAUCGAUAUCGACCCCACAACUCCCCACACGGUAUGGUCUCUUGUCAUUGGAGGCUUCUUCUACUGGAUGAGUUGGUAUGCAGUAGACCAGACCACUGUUCAACGAUUUCUUGUGAUGGAAACACUCCGCAGUGCAAAAAUAUCCAUGUGGAGUAACCUGGUCGCUGUUUGUGGAAUAAUAUAUCUUUGUGGAUUUGUUGGUUUAGUCAUGUAUUCGAAAUAUUUCUAUUGCGAUCCUUUGACUGCCCAGGUAAUUGAUAAAGCUGACCAAAUAGUUCCAUUUUUCGUCAUGGACGUGCUUGGAGAUUUUCCAGGACUUCCCGGACUGUUUGUAGCCGGUAUUUUCAGUGGUGCUCUCAGCACUUUAUCUAGUGUCUUAAAUGCGGUAGCUCUUGUUAUACUGGAAGAUUUCAUUCGACCCGUAUUCCCAAACAUGUUGGACCAGACUGCUACUCGCCUUGUCAAAGCAGUGUCUCUCGUAUUUGGAAUUCUUAGUUUUAGUAUGGUUUUUCUUGUUUCUCACAUUAAAACCAUUUUAGACGCCACGUUGAGUUUCGACGGCGCUGUAGCUGGAUCGAUCUUAGGGGUUUUUACUCUUGGAAUAUUCGUUCCUUGUGCAAAUUCUGUCGGAGCUGGAGUGGGCAUGUUAACUGCCUUUGGAUUCAUGAUGUGGCUAGGAGUAAGCGCGCAAAUUGCAAAAUCGAGUGGAAUCGUUCAUAACAAUCAGAUGAAACCAUUCAGCAUUGACAAUUGCUCCGCUUACAACGGAUCUAUUGAGAGCUCUUACUUUUUUACCAAUUCAACAUCUGAUUAUAAAAAAGAUGAGCCGUUUAUUCUUUUAAGAAUUUCAUAUCUUUGGUACACGGUGACUGGUAUGCUGAUUGUUCUUACUCUCGGAACUAUAGUGAGUAUUUUUACUAAAGCAAUUGGAAGUAUUAGAAGUUCUGCCGAACUCUCUGCUGUGCAACUUAAUAGCAGUACUUUUCGUCGUAAGAAUAGUUCCACUGAUGAAGGUCCAGUGACAAGCUCUUUACUCUGAAAGUAAAACCAGAUUUUUCAGAAAAAUUCUACAGCCUACAAGUUUGAAAAAUCGGAUAAAAGUUGACCAUUUUUUAACCAUACGAGCGGUGUGCAUUAUUUUGAAAAAAAAUACCGAGUUUUAGAAAGCUCAAUUGAUAUUUAGGCUACAGUCUCAUUUGCUAUACGCAAAGUUUUGGAAUUGUAAAAAUAAACACGGAGAAAUAAAUCUUUCUUUUCCGUCAACAGGAGGAGUCACCGAAGAUGUAAAAAAUAAUUACAUUGUGGAUAUUAACGGCUGUGUAAUAAUGGUUCAUGUAUUUUCCCUUCUAUGAAAAAUAAAAAAUAAAAAAUACACAUAUGAUGCAUUAUUACGUGAAAGUAGCAAUAUGUAUGCCCCGACAAAAUUU